UUCAUUGAUUCAAAUUGCAAAACUUGUGCACUGACUUCACCAGAAAAUAGUUGUGACUCGACAUGUGGAGGUCAGUGUAGUGGCUCGACUGGUGUUUGCACGGGGUGUCUGUCAAAUUAUGUAUUCUCAACAACAAACAGUUUGGUGUGUGACAAAUGCUCAACAUAUGAUGCAAAUUGUCUGACGUGUGAUUCGUCAUAUCAACGGCAGUGUGUGACAUGUAAGACAAGUGGGAUGUAUCCCGAUGAAUCAACAAAGAAAUGCAAAUUGUGCAGUACAACAUGCAAUGGCAAUUGCAAUCAAACUAGUGGUAUCUGCACUGCCUGUCUGACUAAUUAUGUGUUUGAAGAAACAAAGAGUAAAAUGUGUGUCACUUGCAAAACAUUUGACAACAACUGCAAAACAUGCAAAUCAGACUACACACGAAAAUGUGUUGAUUGUGAAAAUGGGUAUUAUCCCAACGACAGCGGUAUUUGCGUGCCUUGCAACACUAUUGAUACAAAUUGCAAAACGUGCAAUUCAAAGAUCAAAGAGUGUUUGACAUGUCAAGACCCGUAUUACUUAUCCAGUCAGAAGUGUGUGAGUUGUUCUUCUGGCAGUUACAAAAACACUGAAACAUCGUGUGGACAGUGUUACAAUGAUUUACCCAAUUGCCAAACAUGUUCAACGCAAUCUGUUGGUGUUCCUAUGUGUACUACAUGCUAUUCUCCAUAUGUUUUAGCUUCUCAAUCAAAAACAUGUGUGAGCUGCACAUCUUCUCAAAUAUACAACAAAACAACACAAAAGUGCGACAGCAGUGCUAUUGGUUGUUUGACAGGAUCGACUAAUCAGCAGUGUUUGCGAUGUGAUGGGUCGUAUUACCUUUCUGAAUACAAAUGUGUUGCAACAAACAACUGUAACACCCCAUCAACAAUAUCAAAGGUAUCAUGUGACUGUGCACACCAGAUAUCAGUCAACUCGGAUUGCAAGAGCAAAGUUUCAAAUUGCAAAUACCAAAGAAAUUACAAAACCCAAAGUGAAUGUAUUCACUGUGAUGACAAUUAUUUACUUAAUGGAGUGACUUGUCAGAAGGUAGCAGUUGGUAAUACAAUCAGAAACGAUGUUGUUUAUAAAUGUGUCAAUGACAAUUAUCUUGGCUAUAACAAUCAAUGUAACGCAUGCAAUAAAAACGCUUCUGUAUGUGUCAAUUACAACAAUGUCAUUGAAAUAAUCGCAUGCAAAGAACAAUAUACAUAUGACGUGGAAAACAAGAAAUGUACCAACGACAUUUUUUGUUCGAAAUAUUCAAACGACUUCUGUUCAAAAUGUGUUAAUGAUAACAUGGAUAUGCACGAAGGUAUGUGUGUGACUUGUUCAGUUCCAAAUUGUAAAAAUUGUGAAGGUGGGAAAUGUAAAAAAUGUUCGAAAAAUUAUGUGAUACAAACAAAUGGAUUUUGUGUUGAGAAGAGUGAAGUGAGUUGUGUCAAUAGUGAUGGUCUUCGUUGUUUACAGUGCACUGAAAAUUUCUAUCCGACCGACUCAAUUAAUAACGAAGGGAAGUAUGACUACUGUUUGCCACUUUCUUUGGCGCAAAUAGAAGACUGUAAAUAUUCGAUUAUAUCUAAAUCGAAGUGUGUUGAAUGUUUGGACUCUUUUAAAUUGAAGAAUGGAAAUUGUUCUGAAAAUUUUGAUGAUGAAAAUGAACAAGAAAACAAUUCAAUAAACAUAAAACAAGACUUGAAAGGUGCAGAGGUAUCAUGUUUCAUAAGAAAUAACAAAGGGUGUGAAAGAUGCAAUGAUAUAUAUUACUAUAACAACUAUGAUGGUGAGUGUCUUCUUUGUUUGGCAAAUUGCAAAGAAUGUUAUAAUACUACUUAUUGUACUUCGUGCCAACUUGGGUAUUACCUUUCUUCUACUUUUACAUGUGAACCACUUGGCGACCUGUUUACAAAAUGUGACUUGACACUUCCAACGGGUGGUGGAUGUGCAAUUUGCAAAGACAAAUAUUACAAACAAAAAACUGAUUGUAUUUCUUGUGAUGAAUCAUGUGAGACUUGUGUAGAGGGUGAUUCAUGUUUAACAUGCAAAGAGGAAUACUACAAACUCUCUGGUAGAGAAAAUAAAUUGUGUGUAUCAUACGACAAUUUGACGAAUUGUGAUACAAAAACACCAAUUGGAUGCGUAAAGUGUAAUUCUGGCUAUUACUUAGAGAAUUACCAAUGCAAGAAUUGUUCUGAAAACUGCAUUUCAUGUGACAAUGCAAUAAGUUGCAACAUAUGUGUAGAAAGUGAUUAUGUUUUAGUCAAUUCACAGUGUGUGUAUUUCAAAGAAAUUGAAUAUUGUAAAUCUGCUAACAAUUCAAAGUGUAUUGAAUGUGAAGGGUAUCACAAACCAAGUGAUGCUGGUGAUUACUGUGUCAAAGUAACGAAUUAUGGUUUAGUCGUUGGAAUACCGAUUUCAGUCACAUUAAUAGUUAUCAUUUUAAUUAUUGUGAUAAUAAUAGUAGUAAUUCUUUGGUUGCAAAAUCAAAAACAGAAGAAAAAAGAGCAAAAUAUUUGCAACUUCAAGAUGAGUCGAUCAAAUAUUGAAAUGAUGAAAAUAAGUGCAAAUUUGGUGUCAAAUAAGAAAAAAUUGACGUUUGAUCUUGACAACAACGAUCCACUCAAAGUCGAUAAAGAAACAAGGGAUUUAAUUUGUAUUGGAAACAAUUCCAAAAACAACUUGAAAGUACAAUUUAGUGUGAUGAAUGGGUGUGAUUAUUAUGAAAUUAGAACAGUACCUUCACUUGUAUCUCUCAAGCCUGGCUUUGCUUGCGAAUUUGAAAUAUUUAUUAAACCGUUGUGUACUUGUACUACCAAGGAAGAUGUGAUGAUCACUUCAUUAAAUCUUUCAACGGGGAUUAUUGAAAACACGAAAAUACACAUAGAAAUAGAAACUGAACAAACAACCAAAUUGAAUUAUAGAGAACUUGAAGAAGAUAAGAAACUUGGCGAAGGUUCUUUUGGAAUUGUAUACAAAGGAAAAUAUAGAGGAAAUGUAGUUGCCAUUAAAAAGAUGAAACAGCUUGAUAGCAAUGAAAGCGGACUUGAUGAAUUUGAAAAAGAAGUUGCAAUGCUUGAUAAAUUCCGCAGUGAAUAUAUCAUCCACUUUUAUGGUGCCGUUUUUAUAGAAAGUAAGGUGUGUAUGGUCACUGAAUUUGCACAAUUUGGGUCACUACAAGACUUGAUCAAACACCAAAAAAGUGAAGAAAUUGAUAAAAAGUUAAGGUUGAAAUUCUUACUUGAUGGAGCAAAAGGUAUUCAAUAUCUUCAUGAGAAUGGAAUUUUACACAGGGAUAUCAAGCCUGACAAUUUGCUUGUAAUGUCUUUGGAUAUCACAGAAAAAGUUAAUGCAAAAUUGACUGAUUUCGGAAGUAGUCGAAAUGUAAAUAUGUUACAAACAAACAUGACAUUCACUAAGGGUAUCGGUACACCAACAUACAUGGCUCCGGAAAUACUCAAACAACAAAAAUAUAAAAAGUCUGCUGAUGUGUAUUCAUUUGGAAUCACCAUGUUUGAAGUCAUUUCAUGGAAAGAGCCGUACUCUAAAGAUCAAUUUAAAUAUCCAUGGAAAAUUGCAGACUUUGUAAUGGGUGGAAAUCGUCUUAAAAAACUUGAAAUGAUGAGCAAUGAACAAUAUGAUAUUAUUUCGAACUGUUGGUCUCCACAGAUGGAACAAAGAAUAACAAUUGAAGAAGCCGUUCAAAGAAUCGAAAAAUUGUUGAAUUGA